CUUGGUGGGCGGGGCGAUGCCGGCAAUAUGGCGGCUCCUGGGGAAAAACUGUUUCCUGAGAAGAUAAUGUUUCCCGAGAAACCAAGCCACAAAAAGUACCGGGCCGCCGUGAAGAAGGAGAAACGGAAGAAACGUCGGCAGGAACUGGCCCGACUGAGAGACUCAGGACUGUCACAAGAGGAGGAGGAGGAGGAUGCCUUAAUUGAAGAACAACAACUGUAGGAAGAGACGCUGUUGGAGAGAGAGAGGCAAAAAUUACAUGAGGAGUGGUUGCUGAGGGAGCAGAAGGCACAAGAAGAAUUCAGAAUAAAGAAGGAAAGGGAAGAGGCAGCUAGAAAACGGCAGGAAGAACAAGAGAGAAAAUUAAAAGAAGAAUGGGAAGAACAGCAGAGAAAAGAGAGAGAAGAAGAGGAGCAGAAACAGCAGGAGAAGAGAGAAAGAGAGGAAGCUGCACAGAAGAUGCUGGAUCAGGCUGAAAAUGAGCUGGAAAAUGGUGCUACAUGGCAAAACCCGGAACCACCCAUGGAUUUAAGAAUAAUGGAGAAAGAUCGAGCCAACUGUCCAUUCUACAGUAAAACAGGAGCUUGCAGAUUUGGAGAUAGGUGUUCUCGUAAACAUAAUUUCCCAGCGUCGAGCCCCACCCUUCUUAUUAGAAGCAUGUUUACAACAUUUGGAAUGGAGCAGUGCCGGAGAGAUGAUUAUGACCCUGAUGCAAGCCUGGAGUACAGCGAAGAGGAGACCUACCAGCAGUUCCUAGACUUCUAUGAUGAUGUGCUUCCCGAAUUCAAGAACGUGGGGAAAGUGAUUCAGUUCAAGGUCAGCUGCAACUUGGAACCUCAUCUGAGAGGCAACGUGUAUGUUCAGUACCAAUCGGAGGAAGAAUGCCAAGCCGCCCUUUCUCUGUUUAAUGGUCGAUGGUAUGCAGGUCGGCAGCUUCAGUGCGAAUUCUGCCCGGUGACCCGAUGGAAAAUGGCGAUUUGUGGUUUAUUUGAAAUACAACAGUGUCCAAGAGGAAAACACUGCAACUUCCUUCAUGUGUUCAGGAAUCCCAACAAUGAAUUUUGGGAAGCUAACAGAGACAUCUACCUGUCUCCAGAUCGGACUGGCUCCUCUUUCGGUAAGAACUCAGAGAGGAGAGAGAGGAUGGGCCACCGUGAUGAAUACUAUGGCAGGCCAAGAAGAAGAAGAAGCCCUAGCCCAGACCACUACAAAAGAAAUGGGGAAUCAGAUAGGAAAAGGAGAAGUAGUAACAGAGGGAAGAAAUUUCACAAAAGAACAUCAAAGAGUCGGGAGAGGCAUAGUUCACGAAGCAGAGGAAGAAAAAGAGACCGUAGCCGGGCUCAGGGAGGCAGGAGCCGGAACCAGAGCCGGAGGAGCAGGAGCCGAAGCAGGAGUUGGAGCCGGAGCCGGAGCCGGAGCUGGAGCCGGAGCCUGAGUUCCUCUCCUUCCAGGAGCCGUGGCAGGAGGAGGUCAGGUAGUAGAGACAGAACUGUUCAGAGUCCCAAAUCCAAAUAAACCAGUUUCGCUUUUAAAUGAUUGUGAAUCUUACUUAUGGCUGCUACGUACUUGGAUAGAGGGCUGUGAGCUCAAAUGGAUUUGCAACUGAAACUGAACCCUAUGUAGCCUGAAGUCCUAUUUUAAAAGAUUGUUAUCCUCUGAUAAUUGUAAAAUGUAUUUAGUAUAGAAAUCCUAGGAAACAGAAAAUGUGUAACAUGAAAAUUACUUGUCAUCCUAACCCUGAUUAAUCAAUUAACAUCAGAGCAUUGCUUUAGUCUUUUUUUAAAUGGCUGUGUACUUUUUUUUUUAAAGGAAAUUUACUUAUGACUACAGCUGAAUAUGCUUUUUUCUUUUCACAAGAAACUGUCCUAUUCCAUUAAGUCUUAUUCUUGUUAUUUUUACUCACUGCAGCUUGGAUCUACUGAUUUAUUUAACCAUAUCUCUAAUGUUGGAUUUUUUAUUUUGUACCAUUAAAGAAUCCUGUGCUGAAAACA